AUGGAGAAGGCCCACAGCAUGUUGCAUUACAAGAGCGUCUCGACGGAAUGGUGGGUGAAAGCGGUUAACACAGCGGUUUAUCUAAUUAACCGCUCCAGCAAUACGGCCCAUCCAGACACCACACCCUACAAGCUGGUUUUCAAGAUGAAGCCUCAAAUGGAUCACUUGCGCGUGAGUUUCAAGUGUAUGUUUCUCGGCUGCGCAGAGAAUGUCAAGGGCUAUCGCGUGUUUGACUUGGAGAAUGCCAAGAUCAGAGUGAAUCGCUCUGUGAAGUUGGAUGAGCGUGAGGUGGGCGGCAUUUACGACGCGCAAGAGGUCAAGCCGAAACGAAUCAUUCAAGUAAUGAAGGGUGGUGAUGAAGUCAAGGUUCAGCAUCAAGUGGAUCGCCAGCCAGUUCUGGACGAGCCGAUGGGAGCUGUCGAAGAGACAGUUGCGGAUGUCAAAUCGAUGAUCACGCGCCAAGCAUCGAUGUACAGCGGCUAA